CUUGACGUUUGAGAGAUGGGGUCCUUGCCCUUCUUGGAAAAAAAACGUCAAGAUCUUUCGUACCAAGACAUCAAAACGCCGUCCACAAAAAGCUGCGACCAACCAGAGAAAGCCACGAGGCAGGGUGGUGUGGAAGAAAAAGGAGAGAGGGAUAAGCCGUUUCGACAGUUAACGGCGCACAAGAGGAAAAUGAACGCCGCAGCGCUCGCAACCACCGCCGGAACCCCCGUCCUCCGCCGUGCUCCGAAUCUCUCGCGCUUUUAUCCUCAUACUUCGCCCGUUUUCCGGCUCGACGGAAUCGGACGAGCAGUGCAAGCAACCGGCAGAAGGUCGUGGAAGAUAUCGGCGAGUUCACAGAGCGCAUCCACGGCGGAGAAUGUGGCGACGGCGAAGUCCGUGCCAAGCGAGAUGAAGGCCUGGCUGUACGGAGAGUACGGAGGAGUGGAGGUUCUGAAGCUGGAGAGCAACGUGGCGGUGCCGGAGUUUAAGGAGGAUCAGGUGCUCUUGAAGGUUGUUGCGGCGGCGCUUAACCCCGUCGAUGCGAAAAGACGCCAAGGCAAGUUCAAGGCUACCGAUUCUCCUCUCCCGACGGUGCCGGGAUACGACGUGGCGGGAGUGGUGGUGAAGGUGGGGAAGGCCGUGAAGGAAUUGAAAGAAGGGGACGAAGUGUACGGAAACAUCAGCGAGAAAGCUCUCGAAGGGCCAAAGCAAUUCGGUUCGCUUGCAGAGUACACUGCGGCGGAGGAGAAGCUAUUGGCAUUGAAGCCCAAAAACAUCAGCUUUGCUGAAGCAGCGGGCCUACCACUGGCCAUAGAGACAGCCGACGAGGGCUUGCAGAGAACUGGCUUCUCCUCAGGAAAGUCAAUUCUCGUCCUCAAUGGCGCCGGAGGAGUUGGCAGCCUUGUCAUUCAGUUGGCAAAGCAAGUGUAUGGAGCAUCAAAGGUGGCAGCCACCGCUAGUACGGGAAAGCUGGAGUUGCUGAGAAGCCUCGGUGCCGAUUUGGCAAUUGAUUACACCAAAGACAACUUUGAAGAUUUGCCCGAUAAAUUCGACGUCGUGUUCGACGCCAUCGGGAUGUGUGAACGUGCGGUGAAGGUGGUGAAGGAAGGUGGGAGCGUGGUGGCAUUGACCGGAGCCGUGACACCACCAGGUUUCAGAUUCGUGGUGACAUCGAAUGGGGAAGUUUUGAAGAAGCUGAACCCUUACCUUGAGAGCGGAAAGGUGAAGCCGGUGGUCGAUCCGAAGGCUCCGUUCCCGUUCUCAAAUGCGGCAGAUGCCUUCUCUUACCUAGAAACCAACCAUGCCACCGGCAAGGUCGUUGUCUAUCCCAUCCCUUGAUGAGUGUCUCUUCACUAGGUCUGUAACUUACAUGUAAGCAUAUCUCUGUUUGAAGUUUCUCAUUCCUUGUAGAGAGUUUAAGCUUUCUGGUUGGAAAGCGUACGAGGGUUUAGUUACAAUGA